AUGGCAGAACAAAUGCGCCCGCACGGGGUGCAGCUGCACUCGCAUGACUUUGAGUGGGCCGACCUGGCGCACGAGUGCCAACGGACAGAGGCGGAACAGGAGGAGGGACACAGUGGUAGCGAGAGCGCUGUGGCGGUGAUCGACGACGGGCGCGAGCGCUGCGACACGCAGCAGUUGGCAAAAGAGGCCCGAGACAAGUGGGACGUCUUCCACCAGCGACACAAUGGCCGAGUCUACAGGCCCCGCAACUACCUCGUGACGGCGUUCCCGGAACUCUGUGCACCGGAGCGCAACGCAGUGGACGUGUUGGAACUCGGAUGUGGCUACGGCAGUGCGAUCUUUCCGAUCCUCGCCACGUACCCCAACGUGCGCGCCCAAGUCUGCGACUUUAGUGCACACGCGAUCCGCAUGCUCGAGCAGCACGCAGACUACGAUGCUGCACGCUGCCGCGCGUUCGUGUGCGACAUUGUGCAGGAAGAGCUCGUGGGUGUGCCACGUGCGUCCAUUGACAUUGUGCUCAUGGUCUUCGUGCUGUCCGCCUUACCCCCCGAGUCGUUCGCCCGCACGCUGCAAAAAGUGUACGCCGUGCUGCGACCUGGUGGCAUUGUCUGCUUUCGCGACUACGGCCUCUACGACCUGGCGAUGCGCCGCAAUGCCAAGAAGCUCGGACCGAAUCUGUACUACCGCAGCGACGGUACAUUGGCCUACUUCUUCUCGCGCGAGACGCUGGUGCAGCUGUUCGAGCAAGCAGGCUUUCGCACUCUGGAGGCCACCUAUUGCACGGUGCGACUGCGCAAUCGAAGGAAAGGAGUGACGAUGGAUCGUGUCUGGCUGCACGCUAAGCUCGAGAAGCCCGGGGCAGAGGGGAGCUCGUCGAAAGCGUAG